AUUUUUUUUGGAUUUAUUGUCGUCACAAACGGUGGCCAGAAAAAGCAGCUCCAUAGUAUUACCAAAACCAGGCCCUUGGUUUUGGCUUGACUUGACUAUGAACAAAAUCUCCAAAAAAGGAAAGAAAAUUAAAAUUAAAAAUAAAAACAAAACCAAAACCAAAACCACAAAACCAUGGGUAGUUUUCAGACCAUCCCUCUGACGGCCCAAAACCAGCUACUCUGUUUCUCUGUUUUGUACUAUAUCUUACUCAACUCUCUCUCUCUCGUCCUUUGACUCUCUGAUACAGAAACCACUUCACAAUUCAAAUAAGAUGGAACCUAACGGCUUCUCUGCGUUUGAUCCGAGAAUGUUAACCUUAGAAACCCCGCAGAACCCACCAAACCCGGUGCAGUUCCAGCAUCCGCAUCCUUACUCCACCGCCGGCGAUCAGCAUCCACAUCAUCAACAACCGUUGAAGUCCUUGUACCCUCGCUCCUCCAAAGCCAUGCAACUCUCCCCGUUAAGCGGCGGCGACGACGAAGACCGCGGGUCUGGUUCCGGGUCCGGGUGCCACCCGGAAGACAGCGUGGGAACCGACGGGAAGAGGAGAGCCUCUCCGUGGCAUCGGAUGAAAUGGACGGACACGAUGGUUCGGCUCCUGAUCAUGGCGGUGUACUACAUCGGCGACGAAGGUGGGUUAGUAGGCGAUCAAACCGAGGCCAAGAAAAAAAUCAGCGGCGGCGGCGGAGGAGGUGGUGGCGGCGGCGGCGGCGGAGGAGGAGCGGUGUUGCAGAAGAAAGGGAAGUGGAAGUCGGUGUCGAGAGCAAUGGUGGAGAAAGGCUUCUCCGUUUCGCCGCAACAGUGCGAGGACAAGUUCAACGACUUGAACAAAAGGUACAAGAGAGUCAACGACAUCCUCGGGAAAGGGACAGCGUGUCGUGUCGUGGAGAAUCAAGCCUUGCUCGAGACGAUGGAUCAUCUCACUCCUAAACUGAAAGACGAAGUCAAGAAGCUGCUCAACUCUAAACAUCUCUUCUUCAAGGAGAUGUGCGCUUACCACAACAGCUGCGGCCAUCUCGACCAACCGCAAGCGAGUCAGGCUCCGAGUCAUCACCGUCCGGAGCAGCAGAGCUGUUUUCACGCGGCGGAGGUAGCGGAAGAGUCGGAGACGGCGGAGGAUUCGGAGUCGGAGAUGGAGGAGGAGGAGACGAGCAAGAAGCGGAGGAGAGGGGAAGGAGUAUCCGGGGCCGUGAAGAGGAUGAGAGAAGAGACGGCGCGUGCGUUGGAUGAUACGGGGAAGAGCGCGUGGGAGAAGAGGGAGUGGAUGAGGAGGAAGGCGUUGGAGCUGGAGGAGAGGAAGGUUGGGUACGAGUGGGAGGCGGUGGAGAUGGAGAAGGAGAGAGUGAAGUGGAUGAGGUAUAGGAGCAAGAAAGAGAGGGAAAUGGAGAAGGCUAAGCUCGAGAACCAGCGACGGAUGCUUGAGACUGAGAGGAUGGUUUUGAUUCUCCGGCGGAGGGAGAUUGAGCUGGUGGAGUUACAGUCGUUGGGUAAACGGGUCGACCCGAGUUCCGCAACCGGGUGAGCUGAUUAGUGUUAGGAACUUAGGAUUAACGAUGUUUUGGGUUAGAUUAGUUUCAGUUCUCUGGCAUGUUUAGGAUUCUCACAUUUUCGACAUAAUCAGCAGAGUCAUUUUUUUUUAUAUGUAAAGGCAAAACGUAUUUUGAAUGAUUUAAGUAGAAAAGUCAGAGGAAAUGUAUCUAUCUCGAA